CUUGAGGAAAUAAGAUUGGAGUCCGUUGUAUGAAACUGGAACAGAAUACAGAAAACAAGCAAUGCACCAAAAAAACGAAAUGACGAAUUGUCUGGGAUUCCGAAAAGGUAGAGGACUGGCCCUGCUGUGCGCGCUACUGGGAACGCUGUGUGAGUCCGGAUCCGGGCAGAUUAACUACUCAGUGCCUGAGGAGCUGGACAAAGGCUCUUUCGUGGGCAACAUCGCCAAGGAUUUGGGGCUGGAGCCUUGGGAGCUGACGGAGCGCGGAGUCCGCAUCGUUUCCAGAGGUAGGACGCAGCUUUUCUCUCUGAACCCGCGAAGCGGCAGCCUGAUUACUGCGGGCAGGAUAGACCGCGAGGAGCUCUGCGCUCAGAGGACUCAGUGUCUGGUGAAAUUUAACAUCCUGAUUGAAGACAAAUUGAAAAUUUUUGAAGUAGAAAUAGAAAUUAAAGACAUUAAUGAUAAUGCUCCUGAUUUCAUAACACAAGAAUUGGAAAUAAAAAUUAAUGAGCUAACAGCUCCUGGAACCCGGUUCCCACUGAAAACUGCAUUUGACCCAGAUAUGGGCAUGAACUCCUUGCAGAACUACCAGCUCAGCCCCAAUGACUACUUCUCCCUAUCUAUAAAGAGUGUUCCUGGUGGGCCCAAAUACCCGGAGCUGGUCCUGGAGCGGACCCUGGACCGGGAGAGACUUGAAGCUCACCAACUUGUCCUCUCUGCUAAUGAUGGUGGUGACCCUGUCCGUUCUGGUAACCUAUACAUUCAAGUGAUAGUUAUGGAUGCAAAUGACAAUCCACCAGAGUUUACUCAACCUGAAUACCAUGUAAGUGUUUUGGAGAACGUGCCAGUGGGCACCCAGCUACUCAGGGUGAAUGCCACAGAUCCUGAUGAAGGAUUCAAUUCUCAAGUGUCCUAUAUCCUAGACAAAAUGCCUGGGAAAAUUGCUCAGAUUUUUCACCUUGACUCAGUGACUGGAGAGAUAUCAUUAUUAAAAAGUCUAGAUUAUGAAGAGUCUAUGUUCUAUGAAAUUAAAAUUGAAGCCAAAGACGGACCAGGACUCCUUUCAAGAGCCAAGAUUCUAGUCACAGUUCUAGAUGUGAAUGACAAUGCCCCAGAAAUUACAAUCACUUCUCAGACAGGUUCCGUUCCAGAAGAGGCUACCGCUGGAAAAGAAAUUGCCCUUAUCAACGUGCAUGACCGAGAUUCUGGAUCAAAUGGGCAUGUCACAGUUUUUGUCCUUGGAAAUCUGCCAUUUAAUUUAGAAAAAUCUAUAGAUCAAUAUUAUCGCUUAGUUACAGCCAGAUCCCUGGACCGUGAACAGGUGUCAGAAUAUAACCUCACUCUGAAAGCCACAGAUGGAGGAACUCCGUCACUGUCCACAGAAACGCACAUCACCUUGCAUGUGACAGAUAUCAAUGACAACCCACCCACCUUUGCUCAUGCUUCCUACUCUGCCUACGUUCCUGAAAACAACCCUAGAGGUACCUCCAUCUUCUCCUUGACUGCUAAGGAUCCCGAUAGCGACAACAAUGGCCACAUUACUUAUGCACUGACCGAGGACACCCUACAGGGGGCGCCUCUAUCUUCCUACCUCUCCAUCAACUCUGACUCUGGCAUACUAUAUGCGUUGCGCUCCUUUGACUUUGAGCAGUUCCGAGAGUUGCAGUUGUGGGUGACCGCCAGCGACAGUGGAGAACCAUCACUCAGUAGCAACGUGUCACUGAGCCUGUUCGUGCUGGACCAGAAUGACAAUGCACCGGAGAUUCUGUACCCCACCCUUCCUACCGAUGGCUCUACGGGCGUAGAACUGGCGCCCCGCUCUGCAGAACCCGGCUAUCUGGUCACUAAGGUGGUGGCAGUGGACAGAGACUCGGGUCAGAACGCCUGGUUGUCCUACCGCCUGCUCAAAGCAAGUGAGCCAGGACUUUUUGCUGUGGGGGUGCACACAGGCGAGGUGCGCACGGUGCGGCCUCUGCAAGACAGAGAUUCGCUCAAACAGAGCCUUGUCAUAGCUGUUGAAGACCACGGCCAACCUCCUCUCUCGGCCACCGUCACGCUCACCGUGGCCGUGGCUGACAGCAUUCCUGAUGUCUUGGCCGACCUAGGCAGCUUCGAGCCUUCCCACAACUCUGACGCCUCUGACCUCACGCUGUACUUAGUAGUGGCUGUGGCCUCGGUCUCCUGUGUCUUCCUCGCCUUUGUCAUUGUGCUCCUGGCGCUCAGGAUGCGUCGCUGGCACAAGUCCCGCCUACUUCAGAAAGACAGCUGCUGUGUGGCCGGCGUGCCCGCCUCACAUUUUGUGGGUGUGGAUGGCGUGCAAGCUUUUUUGCAGACCUAUACCCACGAAGUCUCCCUCACCGCGGGCUCAAGGAAGAGUCAUCUGAUCUUCCCUCAGCCCAACUAUGCAGACACACUCAUCAGCCAAGAGAGCUGUGAGAAAAGCGAACCUCUCUUGAUAUCCCAAGAUUUAUUCGAAGCAAAAGGAGAUCCCAAGCUACUUCAGGUGAGUUUAUUUCUUUCUUCGGAUAAUAUAAAGAAUAGUUGUACUGAUGUGAUUAUUUUAAAGUUUUAA